CAGCCAGUCCGAGCCAAAUACUUGAGAAAGACGAACAUGGUCGAGAGCGACACUGAUACCCCAUUCAUCUCCAUUCCUGGAGUGUUGAACUUCCGCGAUAUUGGAGGCUACCCCAUUCCUUCGCGGCCCGGCAAACAAGUUCGUCGAGGACUUGUCUACCGCUCGGCAGAGCCGUCUGAAGUCACUGAUGCGGGCCUCGACAAGAUACAACGGCUUGGAAUUGCCAUUUCCUACGACCUGCGCUCAGAACGUGAACUCGCAAGGGCCAACCAAGACUUCAAGCUGUUCCGUGACGGAUACACCGGUAUAAAAAAGAUACUUGCCCCCGUCUUUCGUGAUGAAGAUUAUUCUCCUGAGGCUAUCGCCUUGCGUUUCAAAACUUAUAGGGCGAGCCCCGAGGGGUUUGCAGAAGGCUACUUCGCUGUUCUCACUGCUGGCGCUCACCCGGAAAAUGGUGCCCGUCCCUAUGCAACAAUUCUAGAACAUCUUACCACGGACACAGCUCCCCAACCAAUUCUCAUACACUGCCAGGUGGGCAAGGACCGGACAGGCAUAAUAUGCGCCUUGAUUCUAUCCCUAUGUGGCGUCGAAGACGACGUCGUUGCCGAUGAAUACAGUCUUUCAGAUAUCGGGCUAGCAUCCCUACACGAGCAGCUUGUCGCCAAUCUGCUCUUGAAAGCAGAAUUUCGAGAAGACCCCGAGUCUGCUAGAUUAAUGGUUCUAACGCGGAGGGAUAAUAUGCUCCUUUUUCUCAAGAAGAUUAAGAAAGAACAUGGCUCAGUGAAGCAAUGCGUCAUCAAUCUUAAUCUACUCACUGAGGAAGGCAUCGAACAACUCAGAACCAAUAUGAUUGUAGAUAUUACAAAUUAGAUAGUUAAACUGCGGUAAGCCCUUUAAGCGAUAUACUAAAACACGUACUAGAUUAGAGUGCACUGUGGAGAUUAUGAGGUGAA